UUUUGGGAUCCACCCCCUGAUUGCACUGCUUUUAACCCAUGAGCGCUAUUGAAGGACUUCUACCAAAUACACCAAUAAACGUGUUCACAGUAUUCAAUGCAAGCUAUACAGUCCACAUAACAGCCACUCUCAUCCUUGUUUUAAUAUGAUAUGCUUUUGUUUGCUGUUCUUCCACACAUGAGGAAGUAACCAAAGCAGCUGGAUCUUGUCCAGCACAGAACAGGAUUUUCUAGUUACCCCUCUGUAAAUAUAAUUCAUAAAUGAAUGUUGUUUCUGUUAGUUUUAUAUUAUGGUUAUUUAUGACAUAACUUUUUUUUAAAUCCAAUUUUACCAUUAAAUCUGUACAAAUCCUGUGAAGUCUGUUGUGCAAAACCUCCCCUCUGUUGUGUAAUAAACCAGAUAUUGUACCACUGUGAAGGUGUGGGAGCAUAGUUCUGCUUUUAUUGUAUAUCUCUUUGGCCCUGCCCAGUAAAGUGUUGUGACAUAGUGUAGAUAUUUCAUUAAACUUUUCCAUGAGGGAAAGCAAACAGUUGCCAGCUGUUGACUGAACAGCAAAGCCUCCAGGUCUCAGUCUUGGGAAUGGCACUCCCAAAGUCCAGGCUUUUUUUCUGGCUGCUCGUCAGCUCAGUUUUCAUUGUGGUUUUUAUUUUAUCAUGGGGAGAUUACUCAAGAAAUAUCAGCUUGGCUGCUUUCUCAGUGACAAACAGAAGUGCGGAAACAUCUCACUUCUGGGAUUUAAUAAGAAACUCGACUCCCCUAUCUAUUGUGUUUAACUUGACACGUGCGGCAAAAACGGCUGAUUCUGAAAAAACAAACCCAGUAACGAAACUUAAAGUGGAUCAGAUGAGAAGCUCUACACAUGCUGCUGUGGCUGAGACUCCCAUGCCCAUCCUCUACAGAAGUUCCUUCAAGAAGGCUCCUCAGUGGGAUUUUGAUGAUGUUUAUAACCAGGAUGCUCCACCCAGACCCUGGACAUGUGCUGAGUCUUUGCGAAACAAUGAGGAUGAGAGCUUCAAAAAGGCUUUCCUUCCCAACAUACGUGUGUUUCUGCACAAGGACAACAUCAACAUGAGCGAGUGGAACCGGCUUUCACAUUUUAACAAUCCCUUUGGUUUUAUGCAGUUUCCCUAUGACGAGGUGAUGAGUGCUGUGAAGUUGAUCCCAAAGCCAAAAGAGCCACUGCUCCUUCCAAAGCCAGGCAGCGGCGGGUGUGUGCGCUGUGCUGUGGUGGGCACUGGGGGGAUCCUCAACGGCUCCAAGAUGGGGAAAGAGAUCGAUGCUCACGACUAUGUUUUCCGGAUGAACGGUGCAGUCACCGAAGGUUACGAGGAAGACGUGGGAAACAGAACUUCUGUGUAUGUUCACACAGCACACUCCAUCAAUGCCUCGCCAUAUUUUUUCAGCAAGUUCGGAUACAAAGCCGCCCCUCAUGAUGAGGGUAUAAAAUACGUGAUGAUACCUGAGGGGAUGAGGGAUUACAAUUGGCUCGGUGGUCUUCUGAGAGGAGAAAGGAUUACUAAUGGCUCAUAUAAAAACAGGAGGCCAAGGACAUACUACUCUGGGCAGUACAACGAGUCCCGCUUUUAUGUCCUGCACCAGGAUUUCCUCAGAUACGUCAAAAACAGGUUCUUAAAGUCUCGUUCUCUGAAUAGUUCACACUGGGCAAUAGUCAGACCAACCAAUGGGGCAUUUGCUCUCUUCCUGGCUCUGCAAACCUGUGACACUGUGAGUGCAUAUGGAUUCAUAACUGAGGACUACAAGAAAUACAAUAACUACUACUUUCAGAGAAAUGUUAAAACCCAUAUUAUUUUCUACUCCAAUCACGACUAUAUGCUGGAGAUGAAGAUGUGGAAAAAACUACACGACAGCAAAAUACUGUGGCUUUAUCAAGGACCGGACUCAGGAAAAGGGACAGAAAAGCCGAAGUAACACUGAUACUGAUACACUGAGGAUGGCAUCAAGAAUCUAGGUCAUUUUAUAAACUGCAUAUUUAAAAAUGUUAUUCUUGUUUACCCAAACCAUGUGAGACAAUAUGUGACUGACAGUUUUGCCUUCCUUUGGUGUUUCUACACCUUAGUAAGUCUUUUGUAGAUACUCUUAUUUGACCCUAACUGUGGUGGAUAAAAUUCAAGUAACACUUCUCUGCACACACGGUUUAACAGCACGACAAACUACUGCCUCCAGGAACAGACUUUAAUUAACACAUCUGGUUUAACAUUUUCUAAAAAAAAAUGGAAAUUAUAAUCUUACUGCAGGUCGGAUUUAUAGAAGGGCUUUUGUGUCAGCCUGCAUCAGUUUCAGCGAAUUGUAGCAAAUAGUUUAAAUUGAAGUUUCAUCUUAGGUGCUGAGUCAUUCUGAGAUAUCAAAAUAUUAAUAUCAAAGUACCAAAUAACAGUAACAAAUAAUAGAAAUAAAAGCCAAUGAAUAAGAGAAAGGACAUAUAUGGGACACUUUACAAACGGCACCCCAUAGAAAUACCCAUAGGGUAUUAACACUAAAUCAGAGACGUUUCAGGAAGUAGAUGGCACACUUUAAAAGUUAGGCGAUGCUUGUAUUUCUGUCACAUGGGCACAUGGGAGAAGUUUGCCUGGCAGAAAUAUUAUUCAUUUUAACAUAAACCAUAAUUUUUUGCCCCUAAAUAUGACAAAAAAUUCCUUUUUGGCAGAAAUCACUCAAGGCCGUAUCUACUGUUGUAUUGUUUUGAGUCUGCUUUCAUCCAUCCACAUGACUUUCACAACAUUUCAAAAUGAGGUAGGGGAUGCAGGGGAGAGACUACAAGUACCGUUUCGUAGCACUGAUAAUGCUUGGGUGUCGUUUUUUGUUAUAGAGCAUCUUUGACUGCAUAACAUUCAAUAUACUGUGACGUAAGUAGAUUAUACACGAGUUUCCUGUUUACAAAAAAUCAUCAGCACAGUACAAACCUCACUGCUACAGUGUCAUGAUUAUGGACCUUUGCAGUAUUCAGAAAACAAACAACUUGCCUGAACCACUGAAGCAGGAUUUAUACUUGUGCGUCUGUUCUAUGCUGUCCCUAUGCUGUAGCCUACACACUUGGCCUACACCAUUGUGAGCAUUUAUACUUGUGCGGUGGUGUGUCUGUGUCACUCUGCAGUGACACCUCCAACACUCUAGUUGGCGGCGAGGUUUCUGUGAAGUGCUGUAAAGUUUAGUUGAUUCAAAACACACAUUAAACACACAUUAAACAUGGCUUAAUAGAGACAAUUUCAAACACAAGUACACAAAUCAGCUUCACUAUAACUCGCAGCAUUCACAGACAAACACUUGUCUUUAUCUGGACACAUUUUCCCCACAAAUACAACAUGCUAACGUUAUUAGCACAAGCCUAUGGCAUUUUACAUUGUAUAAAUUAGCCUAGCGGUUAGUGGGCUUUUCCUCUGCUCAUAUGAAGCCAGGAUAAAUCACACACAAGACUUAAAAUGCUGGGGCAUCAGUGGCUUAGGGGGCGAUCACACAGAAAUGAGACGCAGAAAUGCGGACGCUUCAAAGACGCUUGAAACGCUGGAAGCACUUAUUCAGUGUGCGCUAGACAAAAAAACCCCCCCAGCAAGGAGCGCCUGUGGAGUAGCUGAGCUGUGUGUGUUUCCCCCAAAGACAGUAGAGACAGUAGCUUACAUGAAACUAGAGUUGUGUGUGUGUUGUAUAAUUCUUCAAAAUCAAAUAUUGUCAGUAUAAAUUUCUUGUCUUCGGAUUGCAUUGUGUUGUCUGUCGCUCGUAAGUGCCGUAAAACUGCUGUAACUGACCAAACUGCCGUAACUGCCACAACAAAACAAGAAGGAGGAUAUGAUUUGAUUGGUGCUACUGGCGUCUGACGCUCAAAAAGUUGAAAAUAUUUUAACUUUUCAGCAUCUACGCACAUCUAAAAAGAAGUGUCUACAAAAACGCGCGUCUAAAAAGACAUGUCUACAAAAACGCGUGUCUAAAAACGCGUGUCUAAAAAGAAGUGUCUACAAAAACACGCGUCUAAAAAGACGCUGGAAAAACGCCCGUCUAAAAAGACGCUUGAACGCCAGUCAGACACGCCGUAUCAUAGGAAAACAAUUGUUUUACUGGCGUUGCGCUUCUAGUGUUUCAUCUCGGUGUGAUCGCCCCCUUAGUGGUUAGAGCACCUGCCCCAUGCACAAGGCUGUUGCCGCAGCGACCCGGGCUCGACUCCAGCCUGUGGCCCUUUGCUGCAUGUCACUCCCUCUCUCUCCCCCCCUUAAAAUGACUUAAAAUGUUAUUUUUGUGAAGGCUUUAUUGUCUUCACAAUUUAUUGUUUCUUAUCUGAGAAAUUAAAGUAAAUAAAAGCUUUGUUUCCACUGAGGGAAAUGGUUUCAUCUUACACAAAUAGACAGGAGGUCUGCGUCGCCUAGAUGUGUCGUUACAUUUCUGGGGAGGUGCACAUCAGGCUACAGCGAUUCAACGCAUAAGUAUAAAUCCUGCAUAACUUUUCAGAAUAACAUUUACACACCAUUCAUUCUAUUCGCUCUAGCUAGCUAACAUGUAUUCCAGCUAAUGCUAAUUGAGACUACACAAAGAUAUCUCCUGCAAUUAGGGAGAAAAAAUAUGUUUAUCUCUUGGAUUCAGACCACUGAAACACCUGCAAACAAGAAAAGUUAGCAUUUAUGAAAUUCUCGCUGUUAGCAUGGACGAGGACAAGGCCUCGUCAUUUUUGAUAAUAGUUAGCAAGUAAGCUAACUGUGUACUGUUGUAUGCCACUGCUUACUAUCAAAAUAAAGCAGAUCUUUAUAUAUGCCAGAUAUUUAAUUGCAAAGAAAUGGGAUUUUCAGGAUUUAUGCUAGCUAUUGAUAUAGAUAAUUCUGUACUCUGCAUUGAAACAGAGGUUUCUCGGUAUUGAACAUUUUCACGUGUUACUUGAAUGAUUUUUUUGUUGCCCCCCACAUGUGUGCUCAUUUCACAAUGGCAUUGCCCAGAAACCCAUCUGUAUAGUGAGUUCUUAAGUAAGAAUAUGAUAAUAUAUUUGAAAGUGUCUGAUACAUUUACAUUUAUUAUGACACAUUUAUUGCACUUGGUCUCUGUUAGCUUUUAUAUUAGUUGUUAUCAUACACAUUCUGGGAAUAAUGCAAGCAUUCAUAUACAAUAUAUAUAAUGUACUAGUGUGUGUUUGCUUCAUUAAAUCAUAUACUUUCUUUGUAUUUUCAAGUCAAGAUGAAAUAAAAAAUGCCUUCUUAACU